UGUGUGUGUGCAUGUGUAGGUGUGUGUGUAUGUUUGGGCUCGUGUGUGAGCUCUGUGUUCAUUUCCUUUCUUUGUUUGACUACUGAGUGGGGAUAAAGCGAGACAGAAUAUAGAGAGAGUGUGAGCAGGAGAAAAUACACAAGAGGGGGAAAAAAGACCCCAAACAAGUGUACACACUCUUGUUAUCCUUUUUUUAAAUUGUAUUUUACAACAAGACAAAGGUUUGUUUGUUUGGCUUUUUCCCUGCAAACAGCCCAAAAUAUUUUUUCACAACUGCUCCUUACAUUUAGAGUGGUAUCUGGGAGUGGAGGUUGUUUAGUGCAUUGGCUCUAGCAGAGUGUGUGUGUGAGGCGAGGUGGUGGGGGCAGGCAGCCGGAGCAAUUUAAAGGGAAAACACAGCACACAAAGCUGGGAGUGCAGGCAGGCAGCAGGAACGCCGCUGAGCUGCUGGGAAUCUGCUGAUCUGACUGCCGCUGGAUUGGACAGACACGUUUUGGAUUCUUUUUUUGGGAUCCCACUCCGGAGUCCUUCCCCCCUCUCGUUUCCCGGUGUCCUGUCCGAGCACGGAGGCGGAGCUUAUAAUGAUGGCCUGCUGAUAGACCAAAGUACCCAUGAUCACACGUGUCCAGGAGACCCCCGAGAGAUGACUGUCGGCCGAAGCUGAGGCGCAACGUAACUGUCAAUCAAUAAAGUUGGUGCUGCUCUGGGAGUUGCCUGGUUUGUGGGUCCCUGGUGCUGAAGAUAGAAGAGUGGGACAGUCAAGAUAUAAAGUCUUGGAGUGAGGCCCUCUCUGUGCUGCAGUGGAGGGCUUCACAGUUACAGCUAGUCCGGCUGGAUGCAUCACGCAGUAGAGCAGUUUGGUGGCCGUGGCACACGGGAUUCCUUCCCUCUGGAUGGACUCAACAGGGGACCUUGGGCUCCCGUGGGCGGCCGCGCCUGGCAGCCACCUGGCAGGUGUUUGCCUGGAAUGACCCAACACCAGAUCCUUCCCCAUCUACCACCUGGUCCAAUCAAUGGACUCAACCAGUCCGGAAAAUUCUUUAAUAAUGGGCCCAUGCGAGGAGGAGGAGGUGACAAGCUGGAUCUCCCACAGCAGAUGUUGCAGAGGGAGCAGACCAGACUUCAUUCUCUGCAUCCUCCUCCCCCCCACCGUGCAUGGGAGCAACUGGGCCAGCUGUAUGAAUCCCACCAUCCUCCUCAAGGACAUCUUGGCUUGCCCCUUCCUGAGCACUCACUUCGCCUCCAUAAUGGGGGCUAUGCAGGCAGUGUAGGAGUUUCCCCCAACUUGCAUCUCCCUCCCGUCAGGCCCAACCAACCUCUGAAGUUUGGGGGUCCUCAGGAACACCUCGCUUCUAGGGGGCCGCCCCUGCUGGGAGACGACAUGUGGGCUCAGGUGCACCAGCAGCAGAGGACCCAUCCUGGCAAGAUACCUGGGGGUCAGCUGAAGAGAUCAGCCCCCCCGCUCGGUGAGCAUUCUGUCAUCCAGCACACUCCUCUGCCAUCCGUGCACCCGCCCAACCGUUCAGCCACAGAGGACUGUCCCAGCCCAAGGAAGAGGAAAAAGAGCUCAGAUCAGGUACCCCAUCUUGGUCACCAGCGCUUCCCAGUACCCAGCCAUGUUUUAUCUCAACCCCACCACCCGCCUCCUAAACCAGUCUUUUGGAGCCCCCUUCACAAAGACAGCAGCACCUGGCAGCCUCAGAGUUCUGAUCGAAAGAACCCGCCAACGCAGGAGUUCUUAGCUAGAACUGAGGUCCAUAAACAAACAUUAGGAAGCUAUCCCUAUAAGUUAUCUCCGGCCACGCUAACGCAACCCACAGCGUCACCUCUGAACCCGCCUCCUCCUAGCUACAACCAGGGAUGUGCGCCUCCCCUACAAAGAGACUCCUUCAACCCUAAGUCCACACACUCCUACCGCAGUCCCACAUCUAAACCUAGUCCGGCUCCCCCCUGUCAGGCCACAGAGCCCCACAGUCAAAGAAGUCUUCAAGGCAGCAGCCUGACCCCCCCUCAGCUGCCAUUGACUCCGAGCAGAGGGGACCGAGAUCCACAUCGGCACACCCAGUCGUCACCAGCAAACCCCCAAGCCAGCAGCAGCAGUGUGCCUUACAGCCACUUCCAGCCUCACCCAGGACUCAGCCACCACGGCCCCCCUGCGCCUCCACUGCCUCCCACAAGCACUGCCUCAGUACCUCAGCAGAGUUGCCCCUAUGAGGUGUGGAGGUACCAGAGCAGGCCCAGCGGUCAGUCCCUGGAGUCGGGCAUCUCCAGACAUCCAGGACUGCUACCUCAGCACCAGCAGAGCCACAAUCAGCCGAAGCCCCAUGUCAGCUCCACUAGGACACCCGUCAUCACCCCCAAUUUCCCACGUUCUGCCUGUUCCUCCAAUACCCACGGAAACAGCACACCGUCUUUGUUCUCCUCAGGACCUUCCAGGACAGUAGACGAUGUCACCAGCAGAGGAUCAAAGCCUCCUUUAAGGGCUCCUGUGUACUAUCACGCUCCUCCUCAUCAAGUCCUAACCUCCUCCCAGACAUACUCCCCAACAAACAUUCCUUCCACUGUGGCUCCCCGGCACCCCCAGUCCAUCGAGGAGGCACUGGACAAGCUCGAUGCAGAGCUGGAGGGCCACAUGCGAGCUGAGGAGAGCAGGAGGAGAAGGGACAGGGAGGACGAAGAACGUCGAACGAAAGAGCGGGAAGACCAGGAGAGGAAGAAGAGAGAGGAGCAGGAGGAGAUGAAAAAGCGAGAAGAGGAUGAGAGAAGGAGGCGGCAAGAGUGGGAGCUGCAGGAGAAAGAGAGGAAGAGGAGGCAGGAGGAGGAGAGGAAGCGGAGGGAAGUGGAGAGGCUGCAAGAGGAGGAGAGGAAGAGGAGGGAGUGGGAGAAGCAGGAGCAAGAAAGGAAGAGGAGAGAGUGGGAAAGGCAGGAGGAGGAAAAAAGGAGAGAGUGGGAAAGGCAGCAGGAGAAGAAGAGGAGGGAAGCAGAGGAGAGGAAGCAAAGAGAGCGAAAGCAAGAAGAGGAGAAAAAGAAGAGAGAAGCUGAGCAGAUGAGAACAAAAGCUAAGGAGCAGCAGAAUUCCAUUGAAAACCUGCAAAGGCUUCUGUGUGGCCCACCAACUACUGCUCCUACACCUACCGCCGCCUCCCAGGCCUCACCCUACCCCUGGCUGAGCCGUGGUGGCGCCCCAUGCCAGGCGCCUGACAACAGCACCUCUCUGGGAAGACUCCAGCCGCCGCCAUUGACCCCACAGACAGAGUUUGCUCGUGAGAAGCAGAGGCAGCGGGAAAUGUGGGGCAGUCCCCGUCUGACACACACUACCUCAGGGAUGAAUAAGCCCCCCGCCCUCGCCACACACAUCACACCACACCAGUCCAAAGACCAAGCAGGUGCACCUCCGACACUCAGAGAGCCACCCAAACUCUAUCCGGCUUUUCCUAGAGAAAACCUGCCACCCCCCCCUCCAAGGGCACCACCCGCCGGGACUCUGCUCGACAAGGAGUCAGGCGACGUCUCGGACAGUUCUCCCUUUGAGGAGGAGACCGCUGAGUUGUCCACGUUGCUCCCAGACGGCCUGGCCAACAUCAUGGCCAUGCUUGAUGAGUCCAUCCAGAAGGAAGAGGAGAUGUACUUGUGUGCUCCCCCCCUCCUACCAGCGCUCAAACACCAAGAAGACUUUGGAGCUAAUCAGCCUCACGCCAGCCCCCCUGUGCUCAGCCGCCAAGGGUCACUGGCAUCGCCCUGCAGCCGCACAUCUUCCCUCAACGAGGAGGAGGAUGAUUGCCUUAAAGUCUGCCCCCCUAACACAGGAGUGGGGAACAGCAGCUACCGCCACAGUGACCUGGCCAAACUUUACGGCCUUCCCGAGCAGGUCAAAAGCGAGCCAGAUGAUGAUGACGAAGAUUCUGAGACCCCUUCAUGCUCCCCGCCACCUCAAAGACCCCAUCUCCACCAGACGGGGGUAAACAGUAUGUUCAAGUCUCUGGCGACAGUCCUGGAGAGCCAGAAGUACGCCUACCGUGGUGGACCUUUUGGUAGACCGCCGCCGUCGGCUCUGGUCGGAGUUAAAUACUCUUCGUCCCUCUCGCUGGGUCCUGAUAUUUGCCGCCAGCAGAAUGGCGGCUCCCCCGUAUCCGAUUCCACCAAUGCCCCUUUGAGUCCAACGGCCCAACCUCCAAAGUCUUUGCCUCUCUCUUCUGAAGAGAGGAACGCAAACGUAGAGUGUGCUGAUGAGAAAGGAUAUCUGGAAACGGAGAACCCAGUCACUUGUGUCAAGGAGAAACAAUGUUUGACCACCAUCUCAGAGUCGUCGCUGGCAGAGCUGGCUGACAGCUGCCAACUCUCACUCCCUCGAACGCCACUCCCCUAUGUGGAAAAAGAAUCACGGCACAGCAAAGUGGAAGAUGGACAGAAGCCUGAGAAAGUGAAAGAGCGACACAAGGACAGAGAGAGGGAGAAGGAGAAGAGGAGAAAACACGAAGACAGGAAAGAGAGAAAGAAGCAUAGAGAAAAAAGGGAAGAGGUCGCUUUCUCUUCAUCCUCAUCCUCGUCCUCGUCUUCACAUUCCAGCAGCAACCACAAGAGGCACAAGGAGCGAAAGAGUCACAAGGACAAAAAGGGCCGGCGGAUUCUGUGUGACCUCAUUCUACAGAGCAAGGGCGGCUUGGGAAAGAACCGCAAUCACGACCCGGAAAAAAAGAGGCGCAAGGACACUGUCGGUACCACCUCCUCCAGUGAGGGCGACCAUGUUGAGUGGCGGUCAAAAAAAGGCGCCCAAUCCAGCUCUUCGCUCGAUUCCAACAACUUGCUUAGGCUAAAAGCACUGUCUGACGGGCCCCCCAAGGAGCUGAAGAUCCGCCUGAUCAAAGUGGAGAGCGGUGACCGAGAGACUUUCAUCGCCUCUGAGGUGGAAGACAAGAGGAUCCCUUUGGAAGAUAUCACCAUUAAGAACACCGCCGCUGAAAUCAUCCGCUCUUGCAAGGGCACCAGAGUAAAAGGGAAGUUUAGGGAAUCUUACCUUCUACCGGCUUUUUCUGUAAAGCCAAUCAUGACGUCUGAGGAGCCCAUUCCAAGGGAAAAACUCAACCCACCGACUCCCAGCAUCUAUUUGGAGAGCAAGAGGGAUGCCUUCUCCCCUGUGUUGCUGCAGUUCUGUACUGACCCAAAGAAUCCAGUCACAGUCAUCAGAGGCCUGGCUGGGUCGCUGCGGCUCAACCUGGGCUUUUUUUCUACAAAGUCUCUGGUGGAGGCCAAUGCAGAGCAGGCAGUGGAGGUGAGGACUCAGGUACAGCAGCCAGCCGACGAGAACUGGGACCCUAGUGGCACGGGCCAGACGUGGCCUUGCGAGAGCAGUCGCUCACACACCACCAUCGCCAAGUAUGCUCAGUACCAAGCCUCCAGCUUUCAGGAGAGCCUGCAGGAGGAGAAGGGCAGCGACGAGGACGAAGAAGAGGAUGACAAAAAGCCAUCCGGCAGCUUAGAAGUACUAAGCAAGGACGUUGCAAAAGACAGUAGCAGCAAUGAGCAGAAAGCAGUUGGCAAGAUCAUUAAAUUUGGCACCAACAUUGACCUAUCAGACCCUAAGAGGUGGAAGUCUCAGCUGCAGGAGCUACAGAAGCUGCCAGCGUUCAUGCGGGUGGCAUCCAGUGGCAAUAUGCUGAGCCAUGUGGGACACACCAUCCUGGGCAUGAACACUGUACAGCUCUACAUGAAGGUUCCAGGCAGCAGAACGCCAGGCCACCAGGAGAACAACAACUUUUGCUCAGUGAACAUCAACAUCGGCCCUGGAGACUGUGAGUGGUUCUCUGUGCACGAGAACUACUGGCAAGCCAUCAGUGACUUCUGUGAGAAACAUGGGGUGGACUACUUGACGGGCUCCUGGUGGCCUGUGUUGGAGGACCUCUACAACGCCAACAUCCCAGUGUACCGCUUCAUCCAGAGGCCAGGAGACUUGGUGUGGAUCAAUGCAGGGACUGUUCACUGGGUACAGGCUGUGGGUUGGUGCAACAACAUCGCCUGGAAUGUAGGCCCGCUCAAUGCUUACCAGUACCAGUUGGCCCUGGAAAGGUUUGAGUGGAACGUAGUCAAAAAGGUCAAGUCCAUCGUCCCCAUGAUUCACGUGUCGUGGAACGUGGCCCACACCCUCAAGAUCACUGACCCAGACACCUUCAAGAUGGUCAAACACUGUCUAUUGCAGUCCAUGAAGCACAUCCAGAUCCUGCGUGACCAACUGGUGUCUCAAGGCAAAAAGAUCUCUUACCAGAGCAGAGUCAAGGACGAACCCGCCUACUACUGUAACGAGUGUGACUUGGAGGUGUUCAAUUUGUUGUUCGUGACGAGUGAAAGCAGCAGUAAGAAGACGUAUGUGGUGCACUGUGAGGACUGUGCACGUGAGAACAAUCCCAGCCUGAACAACGUGGUCGUGCUGGAGCAAUACUCAAUGGAGGAGCUCAUGAGCACGUACGACGCCUUCAACUUGGCCUCCUCCUCCUCACGAUGACACCACUUUCUUCCUUCCCGCACGUCCUCAGCCACAACCAAAACUCCUGCAAGUCAGGACAAAAAGUUAGCAUAUUUAAGAUUUGGUGGUGUUGUUUUUGUACUACUGCUAAUACUUGCCGGACAGCCAGUUGAAUUUGUUUACGCCCUCUUACUGUUUACAAAUAAACACACAGCAAGCCGCCAAUCAAACAUCAGUUUACUCUCAGAUGGUGCUUUGUCUUGAAUACUGAACUUUGUACAUUUUUUGUGGGGUGCUGUCUUUUUUUAAAUCAAAUAAUUUAUUGUUUUUCCUAAACUAGAUAUAUAUACCACAUUGGCCUUGUUACUUGUAUUUAGAAAAGAGAAAAUGGAAAAAUACUAAUAAUAGAGAUAUGGAGUUUUUUUCUAAAGCAUUAAGAAUUUUAAAAUUUACAUUUGUUUGGAAUGCUUCAAGACAUACGGGUUUUAAUGACUUUUUAGGGGAGGGGGGAUAAUUUGAUCUUUUUGUCUUUUGUACAUUUUGUGUUUUUUUUUUAUUGAAUUAUUCAUGUAUCUCUCCUGGAAAUGAUUACCAUUCAGUUGUCAAACAUCAGGUUUUUUGUUUAAAAAGUCAUCUGGUGCUGAUUGAAAAUUGUACAUUUAAUUUAAAAACAUUCCCUCUAUUUAUUGGAUAUCAAUGUCCUAUUUUGACAGGCUUGUAAACACUUUUCUUUAUUUUUGAUGAAGUUUGCCAAUGAUAACAUUAGAAUAUAUGUUUGUCAAAAAUAACGCCACAUUUCCCUUCACAGGAGACAUACAGUUCACCUAAUUUGUAUAAUUAUCAAUUAAGGGGAUUGCUGUUUUUCCCCCCAAAUGCUUUGAGAAAUUGUAAUUUGUUUUGACCACAUAGGAGAUUGUAAGGAUAUAAUCUGAUGAAUAUGAUAAUGGGAUAGAUGGUGCUAAAAGUUUUUUUUUUCUCUUUUUCCUGUUGCAAUAUUACCCUUGUCCUUCUUCUUUGUGCUCAUCUAUUUAUAAGUGCACUGUUUAGAGAGUUCACACACACACACACACACACACACACACACGCCAAACUGAGCCAGACAUGUCUUAAAACACUUUGAAAUUGUGUGACAUUACUAUGACUUAUUAAUAAACCAACAAGACUUGUA